CUCCCCACCUGCUCACGGGAGCCAGAACACUCAGGCAUCCCUCCCACCGGCAGCCUCCAGCCCCGGGGUCCCCACACCCAGCCUGCGCACCACCUCCAGAUCUGGCACCAUGGUGCUUGGUGGGGGUACGAGGCCCUUCACCAGUCCCAGAGCCUUUGGUGUCCACAGAGCAGCAGCUGGAGCUCCUGGAGGCUGGAUCCUGGAGGAGGCGUGAGGUGGGCAAUACAGGGAGCUGGGCAGGGGACAAGAAGCUGGAGCUGAGAUUCCGUAGCACACCCACCUUUCUGUCUGACCUGUGCUGACUGAAGCCUGUGUGUGGCUGAGGCACAGCCGUUUCCUCCUCCUUGAGGAGACCGCUGGGAUGCCUGAGGUUGGCCAGUGGGGCUGGUGUGGCAGGAUGGCUGCAUCCCCGGAGCCCCAGAAGCAGGGUGAGGCACUGGUGCUGGUCCGACGGCAGCGCCCGGUGUCCCAGGGCCUGCUGGAGACACUGCAGGCCAGGCUGACCCAGAGCUGCGCCUGCAGUGUGCCACGUGUCCAGGCGCUGGUGCAGGACCUGGUCCCAGCCACAAGCUGGCUGCGCCACUACUGUCUGAGGGAGCACCUGCCGGGUGACGUCAUGUCUGGGCUGGUCAUCGGCAUCAUCCUGGUACCACAAGCCAUCGCGUACUCACUGCUGGCCGGGCUGCAGCCCAUCUACAGCCUCUACACCUCCUUCUUUGCCAACCUCAUCUACUUCCUCAUGGGCACCUCACACCACGUCUCCGUGGGCAUCUUCAGCCUUCUGUGCCUUAUGGUAGGGCAGGUGGUGGACCGCGAGCUGCAGCUGGCCGGCUUUGACCCCUCUCGGGACGGCCCAGGACAUGGGGACAAUGGCAGUGCCUUCAACAGCUCAGCGGUCCUGCUGGAGUCUGGGCUGCAGAGCUGCGGGCGGGACUGCCACGCCAUCCGCGUUGCCACCGCCCUGACGCUGGUGACCGGGAUCUACCAGGUCCUCAUGAGUGUCCUCCGGCUUGGCUUCGUGUCCACCUACCUCUCACAACCACUGCUGGACGGCUUCGCCAUGGGGGCCUCUGUGACCAUCUUGACCUCGCAGCUCAGGCACCUGCUGGGGGUGCGGAUCCCCCGGCACCAGGGCCCGGGCAUGGUGGUCAGCACGUGGCUGAGCCUGCUGCGCAGCCUGGGGCAGGCCAACCUGUGUGAUGUGGUCACCAGCGCCGUGUGCCUGGCGGUGCUGCUGGCGGCUAAGGCGCUCUCGGAUCGCUUUCGGCACCGCCUGCGCGUGCCGCUGCCCACAGAGCUGCUGGUCAUCGUGGUGGCCACGCUCGUGUCCCACUUUGGGCAGUUCCACGAACGCUUCGGCUCCAGUGUGGCUGGUAACAUCCCCACGGGCUUCGUGGCUCCACAGGUGCCACACCCCAGGCUGAUGUGGCGUGUGUCACUGGACGCCGUGUCCCUGGCCCUCGUGGGCUCAGCCUUCUCCAUCUCGCUGGCAGAGAUGUUCGCCCGCAGCCACGGCUACUCUGUCCGGGCCAACCAGGAGCUGCUGGCCGUGGGCUGCUGCAACGUGCUGCCUGCCUUCUUCCACUCCUAUGCCACUAGUGCCACCCUGGCCAAGAGCCUGGUGAAGACCGCCACUGGCUGCCGGACACAGCUGUCCAGCGUGGUCAGUGCUGCGGUGGUGCUGCUGGUCCUCUUGGUGCUGGCCCCGCUGUUCCGAGACCUACAGCGGAGCGUGCUGGCCUGCAUCAUUGUGGUCAGCCUCAGGGGGGCCCUGCGGAAGGUGAAGGACCUGCCGGGGCUGUGGCGGCUGAGCCCAGCGGAUGCCCUGGUCUGGGUGGCCACGGCCGUCACUUGCAUCCUGGUCAGCACGGAGGCCGGGCUGCUGGCCGGGCUGCUGCUCUCGCUUCUCAGCCUGGUAGGCCGCACACAGCGCCCUCGGGCCACCCUGCUCGCCCGUGUCGGAGACUCGGCCUUCUACGAGGACGCCAUGGAGUUUGUGGGCCUCCUGCCUCCGCCGGGCGUGCAGGUGUUCCGCUUUGCAGGGCCGCUCUACUAUGCCAACAAGGACUUCUUCCUGCAGUCACUCUAUAGACUCACAGAGCUAGAUGCAGGGCGUCUGGCCACCCGGAAGAAGGAGCAGAACCUAGAGGUGGUGGUCAGUGAGAGGAACCCCCCUGAUGGCAAAAACCUGGGCUCUCUGAGCAGCGAGGCCAGGCUGAUGCCCCUGGAAGUCGGUUUCCACACAGUGGUCCUCGACUGUGCCCCUCUGCUGUUCCUGGAUGUGGCCGGUGUGGCCACGCUGCAGGCCCUGCGCAGGGAUUACAGAACCCUGGGCGUGGCCCUGCUCCUGGCCUGCUGCAGCCCCCCCGUGAGGGACACGCUGAGGCGGGGGGGCUUUCUGGGGGAGGAUCAGGGAGCGGAGGAUGAGCAGCUCUUCCCCAGUGUGCAUAGUGCUGUGGAGGCUGCGCAUGCCAGCCACAGGGAGCUGAGGACCGCUGACUCCACCCUCUAGCAGGGCCAGGGCCUGGUCACCCGUCUCUCCUCCCCUCUGG